GCUCUUUCCCCGAGUCUCUGUGGUAGCGCCGGCGUCGACAGCGGCGGUAGCUACGGCUGUUGAGGAGUGAGGGUUCCAAGUUUUCAUACCGCUUUGGGCGGUAUUGGGCUUGGAGGGUCGCGAUGUCAGAGAAAAAACAGCCGGUAGACUUGGGUCUCCUAGAGGAGGACGACGAGUUCGAGGAGUUCCCCGCCGAAGACUGGGCUGGUUUAGAUGAAGAUGAGGAUGCACAUGUCUGGGAGGAUAAUUGGGAUGAUGACAACGUAGAGGAUGACUUCUCCAAUCAGUUACGAGCUGAACUAGAGAAACAUGGUUAUAAGAUGGAGACUUCAUAGCAUCCAAAAGAAGUGCUGAAGUACCCUACACUUGAACUGUAUACUAAAUUCUAGAACAGAGAACCAAGGACGAAAUACUUUAAGAAAACGUUUAUUUCAUUAUCUGCUUGAAUUUAUUUUUGUUUUUGUAACACAAAAUAAAUGUUUUGAUCUAAUCUUGA